AUGGAAAAAAAAUACAACUUUUUAGACGGUCCCUAUCUUGUUUACCACACUACAUUGGACAUUCAGCGGACGUUCGCAAGUGUGUUUGGUGGUGAUGAAGUGAAGUCAGUAUCAGUGACGGAGGGAGAUUCAGUCACUCUAAACACUGAUCUUUCUGAAAUACUGAAAGAAGAGAUAUCGUGGAGAUUUGGAAACAACAGAGUUCUUAUAGCUAAACUCUACGGGAAGCACAAUGAGAGCAGGAUUUAUGAUGAUAAUGCUGAUGGGAGAUUCGUGGGCAGACUGAAGCUGGAUCAUCAGACUGGAUCUCUGACCAUCACAAACACCAGAACCACCGAUGAUGGACUUUAUAAAGUAACCAACAGCAGCAGAGUGACGCCGCUCAACACAUUCAACCUUACUGUCUAUGCUCGUCUGCCUGUUCCUGUCAUCAGCAGUAACUCUUCGCAAAAUUCAUCAUCAUCAUCAGGAUCACUAGUGUCCAGAUGUGUGCUGCUGUGUUCAGUGGUGAAUGUGGGUCAUGUGACUCUCUCCUGGUACAAAGGAAACAGUUUAUUGUCCAGCAUCAGUGUGUCUGAUCUCAGCAUCAGUCUCUCUCUACCUCUGGAGAUUGAGUGUCUGGACGAUUCUUACAGCUGUGUGCUCAACAAUCCCAUCAGCCACCAGACCACACAUCUCAACAACACUCAACUCUGUCAACCAUGUUCAGACUACAUCCACUGUUGUGGUUCUACUGAAGCGGUGAUCCGAUUGGCUCUCUCUGCUCUGGUGGGCGUGGCUGCUUUUGCUGUGCUUGUUUAUGACAUCAGAUCCAGAAGUCUUCUACAGAAGAUGAGAGAGCAGACAUCAUUUUAG